AUGGCCGAUAACGUAAACAAACGCAACAUCCCCAUCAAACUCGGCGACUUCAGCGUGAUCGACACGGAGUUUUCCAGCAUUCGAGAACGUUUCGAUUCGGAAAUGAAGAAGAUGGAGGAGGAGAUGGCUCGAUUCCGCUCGGAUUUAAUGAACCGCGAACCAAAUUUCUUCGAGACGUCAUCCAGUUUCUCUUCCAAAAAGGUUGCCACAUCCUCGACGACAUCAAACGCUGCUACCUCAAUGAAGCUCCCACAAUCUCAGAGCGGUUCUGACAUUUGCUCUCCUCUGAUUCAGGACGAUGGUGAUGGUAAGGUGCUAAAGCUGCGCUUUGACGUAAGUCAGUAUGCGCCGGAAGAAAUUGUCGUUAAAACUGUCGACAACAAGCUGCUGGUGCAUGCCGAGCACGUGGAGAAGUCCGACACCAAAUCUGUGUACCGGGAAUAUAAUCGUGAAUUUAUGCUUCCGAAAGGUUGCCUACCGGAAAACAUCAAGUCAUCGCUCAGCAAGGACGGUGUGUUGACGGUGGACGCACCGAUCCAACCCGAAGCCUUGCUCGGUGGCGAAACGAUGGUGCCGAUCGCACACAACUAA